AAUCAAGCUCGAGGAGGUCAGCAAUCACGGCCUAGCCUCGAACGUGUCGGGCACUGCAGCAUUGCCGACCCUGCGGACACGCACGCAGCCAUUUUGGACGAACGAGCGGGCCAUUUCUCUCGAGGAAGCUGCAAUCAGGAUCCAGUACGGCGACCACGCGAUCACGGAAUCACCAGGACUCCACGGCGCCGGCGGACAUCCCGACAGCACCCCCUGGAAACUCGCACUCAUUGUUCUCGGCGAGCGCCUCAUCAAAGCGCUAGAGAUAUAUAUAUCGCCACAAGGCGCAGUCACCGUCACGCCUUCCAUAGCCGCGCAGCUCGAGGAGCGACGAGUAAAGUUAAACAAAAACAUGUCCGACUAUGAAUCGGUGCAAACAGAAAUCGAAUUAUUAGACGAGCGCGAAGAAAAUCAUCGCAUCAAUUUCGAGGAUGCUUUUUAUGCAUUAGCCGCGAAAAUGCGAGAACUCUUAAGGUCUCCAGCACCUUCAGUACCUUCGCCGCGUGAAGCAAUAAGAUCUCCUUCGAGUGAUCUCGAUUUGCCGCGAUCAUUAGCACAUGUAAGACUUCCGAAAUUGGAUCUUCCGACUUUUUCUGGCAAAUACGACGAAUGGUCUCCAUUCUUCGACGCCUUCCAAUCGAUCAUACACACAAAUGAGUCAAUUACCGCGGUACAAAAACUGCAAUACUUGAAAGGCUGUUUGAAGGAGGACGCGAGCACGGUCAUUAGAUCUUUGGAAAUUUCCGCGCGAAAUUAUGAGGUGGCCUGGAAUUUAUUGAAAGAAAGAUACGACCACAAGAGCGUUAUCGUGCAAACGCACAUUCGAGCGAUUAUGGAAUUGCCGUGUAUGAAUAAGGAGAAUUCCGCCGAAUUGCGUCAAAUUGCGGACGGCGCUAUGAGACACGUUCAUGCCCUUAAGGCUUUAGGGCGUCCAACAGCUCAUUGGGAUGAUCUUCUCAUAUACAUUUUGAGCAAUAAAUUAGAUGCGCGCACAUCUCGAGAAUGGCAAUCAUCGCUAAAUACGACCGAUUUACCUACAUUACAAACAUUCACACAAUUUAUUACGCGUCAAUGUCAGAUGCUAGAAGCUACUGGCAAAAUCACGCUCAAUUCAAAAAAUAACCCGCGUUCUCAGUCGAGUCGCCAAACCGCCUGUGUCGCUACGGUUAAUUCAAAAUGCGGUCAUUGCCACGGAGAACACUCCAUAUAUUAUUGUAAGGAGUUCUUAGCUCUCGCGAUUCCACAACGAAUUUCUGAGAUGCGUAAAAGGAAAAUUUGCGUCAAUUGUUUGCGCUCAACAACUCACGCAUCUAACAAAUGCCCUUCCGGUAAUUGCAAAAUAUGCAAGUCUAAGCAUAAUACCUUGCUGCAUCUCGCGGCAACCUCCUCAACCAAACAUGCAGUCAGUGAUAAAGAAAAUCGCGAAACGUCUGACGCGGCAAGUUCAGCUAACGUUGUAGCAGCGCACAGCUUAAACGCACGCAGCAAUCAAGGGGUAAUUCUUUCUACCGCGAUCAUACAUGCGUAUAAUAGCACGGGCUCACUCGUACCCUGCCGCAUACUCCUAGACUGCGGAUCGCAAGCCAACUUCAUUUCGAAGAGUUAUUUAAAUGCUCUUGGUCUUCAGCCACGCUCAUUAAAUAGUUCAAUCACCGGUAUUAAUGAUACAACAACCCAGGCUUCACAAAUGGCGCAAGUGCAAAUCAAAUCUCGAGUAGAUUCAUUUACGGCCCCGGUAGAUUGCAUAGUCACAGACAGGAUAACUGACAAGUUGCCCGCCUACACUCUCAAGCGAAAGGAGUUUGAAAUUCCGCGAAACAUUAAAUUAGCCGAUCCCAAUUUCAACGUAUCAGCUAACGUGGAUAUCCUUAUAGGCGCGGAAAUGUUCUGGUCCAUAUUAUGCGUCGGUCAAAUAAAGGCCUCGGUCAACCAUCCGGUUUUACAAAAAACCAGAUUCGGAUGGAUACUAGCAGGACGCUUAAACGCGCCCUCACACAGAUCACAAGGCAUUCGAGCCUUUCACGCGGCGAUAAGCAAUUCACAAUUGCACGAAGAAUUAGCGCGUUUUUGGCAACUCGAAACUAUUGGCAACUCAAGACAUUACACUAACGAAGAAGCUCGUUGCGAGGAGAGUUUCUUAGGCAAUUUUGCACGCGACUAUCAGGGCAGAUAUAUUGUCAAACUCCCUUUCAAGGAUCAGCCGAGUGGCAGGCUCGGCGAUUCCAAGGACACCGCAUUAAAACGUUUAUAUAAUCUCGAGAAACGAUUCAAACGUUAUCCAGAUCUCAAAGCUCAAUACGCACACUUUUUGCAGGAAUACCUAGCUCUCGGUCAUAUGAAACAAGUACCCGAUUCGGCAGAUAGUUUAGGUGAAUCCUUCUAUCUCCCUCACCAUUGCGUAUUCAAGAGCACAUCACCAUCGUCUGGUAUUCGCGUGGUUUUUGACGCGUCCAGUAAAACUAGCAACGGCGUUUCCUUGAAUGAUAUUCUCCUGACAGGCCCGGUAAUCCAACAGGAUUUAAUGUCAAUUUUAAUGCGUUUCCGAACCUUCCGUUAUGUAUUUGUAGCCGAUAUUAUUAAAAUGUAUCGCCAAAUCGUUGUGGAGCCUUCGCACGCGCGUUAUCAAAGAAUCUUGUGGCGGGAGGAUCAAUCUUCCGAAGUGCAAACUUACGAACUCGCAACCCUCACAUAUGGUACCACCCCCGCUUCUUAUCUGGCAACCAGAUGCCUCAAACAUCUCGCAGAAUCAAAUCGCGAUACUUACCCAAUGGGCUCCGCAUGCGUGGAGCGCGAUUUUUACGUGGAUGACCUGCUCUCGGGAGCUGAUUCUCUCAGCGAGGCAAUUAGAGUGCGGGAUGAAACCAUCAGUUUAUUACGAUCAGGAUGCUUCGAACUCAGCAUGCAUUGGAAUCAAUCUCUAGACGAGUUUCACUUUUCUUACAUUCCUGAUCAGGAACAUAAAAUUCUAUCAAAACGUGUCAUACUUUCCGAGGUUUCGCGAUUGUUUGACCCGUUGGGCUUAUUAGGCCCGGCCGUAGUCUUGUCAAAGCUCCUGUUGCAAGAUUUGUGGCAUUCGGGCAUUCACUGGGACGAAUCUGUUUCCCCAGAUAUUAGCGAACGGUGGAAAAAACUUAAGUCUCAAUUUGAAGAUUUUAACCAAUUACAAAUUCCGCGUUGCGUCAAAUUUAGCGCGGAGCCAAGGUCAAUACAGAUGCACGGCUUUUGCGACGCGAGUCAACGGGCCUUCGGAGCAUGCGUUUACAUACGCACACAGAUAGGUCACGAAAAUUUUCGGUGCGAACUGUUCGUUUCAAGGUCUCGCGUUGCCCCGCUUAAGGCAGUCUCGUUGCCCCGAUUGGAGUUGUCGGCUGCUCUUUUAUUAGCUCAGCUAAUUGACAAAAUCAAGGAUUCAUUUACGUUAUCUAGCAUACAAAUAUUUCUCUGGUCUGACUCCACAAUAGCUCUAAACUGGAUAUCCUCGUCAUCUCGGAAAUGGGCGGUAUUUGUUGCUAAUAGAGUCGGCGAAAUCCAGCGUCUUACAAACAGCAAUUCUUGGCGUCAUGUCUCAUCGGCCAACAAUCCGGCAGACGUAUUGUCUCGGGGGCUACAUCCGCGUGAACUUCAGGAUUCUACGCUAUGGUGGAAUGGCCCAGCCUUUUUAAUGACGCGCGAGAAACUUUGGCCAAACAGCGAAUUUACUACUUUAAGUAACGAUAUUCCCGAAUCGAUCCGAACUACAGUACACAUCGCGACCGUUGAAAAUGCCGUAAUAGAGGAUCUGUUAACAAAACAUUCCAAUCUAAAUAAAAUGUGUCGCAUUUUGGCAUAUUGCCUAAGAUUCUUCAAGGCUAGAAGAUCCGAUCCGCUCACAUCCUUUAUAACAUGCUCGGAAGUUUCCUACGCCUUAAAUGUUAUGUGCAGAGCGGUGCAGAAAACGGGUUUUCCCGAAGAAUAUCGAGCCUUAAUCAAGGGUGAAACUAUCAGAACAACUAGCAAUUUGCUAUCGUUGUCACCUUUCAUGGAUACCGACGGUCUGAUUCGUGUGGGCGGUAGAUUAAAAAAUGCACAACUGUCAUUUGACGCCUGUCACCCGAUAUUGCUUCCGCGGAACCAUACAUUAACAAGGCUCAUCAUACUAAGAGAGCACGAGCGCAAUGCUCAUGCUGGGUUACAGGCAACUAUGGCUGCCGUAAGGCAACAUGUUUGGCCCUUGUCCCUGCGGUCGGUCACCCGCAAAACUUUGCAGAAUUGCGUCACAUGUUUUAAAAUUAAACCGACUAGCUCAGAAGCGAUAAUGGGCGCAUUACCUGCGGGGCGUAUAACAGUUUCCAGGCCAUUUCAUCAUUGCGGAAUAGACUAUGCCGGACCGUUACUAAUACGCGAAGGUAAACGACGUAACGCUCGGCACAGCAAGGCUUACGUUGCAGUUUUUGUUUGUUUUGCCACCAAGGCGGUUCAUAUUGAACUUGUGAGCGACCUUACUUCUGACGCCUUUAUCGCGGCACUCAAACGUUUCGUUUCGCGCAGGGGCAAACCCAUGGCCAUUUAUUCGGACAAUGGGACCAACUUCGUAGGCGCCCAGAGACAGUUGCGGGAGUUCUAUGAGUCACUAAGUCGUGAUAGCGUGCAAGCCGAUAUCAACAAUUUUUUACGCGAUCAGGGAACCUCAUGGAACUUCAUUCCACCAAACGCUCCUCACUUUGGGGGGCUAUGGGAGGCGGCUGUAAAAUCAGCAAAAUAUCACCUGUACCGAAUCAUUGGGAGGGCACAUUUAACUUUCGAGGAGUUACAAACCGUUUUAUGCGAAGUUGAGGCAAUUCUGAAUUCGAGACCCCUCACACAAUUAAGCUCGGAUCCGAAUGAUCUAACGUAUCUUACUCCCGGGCACUUUUUGGUUGGCACUCUCUUGAAUGGUUUCCCUUCUAGCGAUUUAUGCGAUGUCAAUGAAAAUCGCCUAGUACGAUGGCAGCGCGUCGAGCAGCUAAGGCAGCACUUCUGGCGCAGAUGGAGCACGGAAUAUCUGCAUUCUCUGCAGGAGCGUCACAAGUGGAAAAUCAACAAGGGCCGACAAUUGAAACAGGAUCAGCUGGUGCUCCUAAAGCAGCAAGGUCUGGCACCGUUGAACUGGAUACUUGGACGCGUGGAACAAGUGCACAAUGACUCUGACGGCAAUGCUCGAUCCGCUACCGUGAAAACGUCAAAUGGUUCUUUAGUUAGACCAUUGUCCAAAAUAUCAAUAUUGCCAAUAGACUCUUAA